CCGGCUGGCGGAAGUGACGGUGGGGUUUGUUGACAGCGGAGGCCGCGGCGGGGGGAGCGGGCCGAGGAGGACGCGGAGCCCUGCCCGCCCCGGGAGCGGAGCCGGCCCGAGCCGGGACUCCCCCCGCCCCCAUCCGCCGCGCCGGGCGGGGGCCUGGCGCCAGGUUGGGGAAACCGCUCCCCAGGCUGCCAGAGACCGCGGCGGUCCCCAGCGCGCCGGGAGCGGUAAGCCAAAGGCUCCCGGAGAUGUCUUCCUGGGUGGGUGACCUUUUGGAGAGAAUAGCCGCCAUCUAAUUCAUCAGUCCCGAAGGAGUACCUUCACCGCAGGCAGGCGGCAGCUGAAUAGAACAUCUGAAAGCAUCUCUGAGGGAAAAGGGGGCCUGAUCCAUCCAGGGUGCCUUUGGAGGUAGUGAUUAAGCUGUCCUGAUGUCCCUGUAAAUUCACCCUGGAGUUUCCUUUGUGUGGAAGAUCUUCUGAAUCAAAAGCUUCCUUCUACACUUCCCCUUCCAGUUCCUUCCUUCAAGAUGGCAUCUGACAGCCCAGAGUCACUAAUGACCUUGUGCACGGAUUACUGCCUUCGCAACUUGGAGGGGACUCUCUGCUACCUACUAGACAAUGAAACUCUCCGCCUUCAUCCUGACAUCUUCUUGCCAAGCGAGAUUUGUGACAAACUUGUCAAUGAGUAUGUGGAGUUGGUGAAGACAGACAGCAUCUUUGAACCCCAUGAAAGCUUCUUCACCUUGUUCUCUGAUCCACGGAGCACCAGGCUAGCUCGGAUCCACCUGCGGGAACAGAUUGUGCAGGACCAGGACCUGGAGGCCAUCAGGAAGCAGGAUCUGGUUGAGCUCUACUUGACUAACUGUGAGAAGCUGACAGCCAAGAGCCUGCAAACCUUGGUGAGCUUCAGCCACACGCUUAUCUCCCUUAGCCUCUUUGGCUGCUGCAAUAUCUUCUACGAGGAGGAGAACCCUGGAGGCUGUGAAGAUGACUGUUUAGUGAACCCCACUCGCCAGGUCUUGGUCAAGGACUUUACUUUUGAAGGCUUUAGCCGCUUGCGCUUCCUGAACCUCGGCCGCUUGAUCGAGGGGGUAAAUGUGGAGACAUUGCUUCGGCCUUUGGCCUCCCUUGCAGCUCUUGAUCUCUCUGGGAUCCAGCUGAAUGAUGUGGGAUUUCUGACGCAGUGGAAGGACAGUCUGGUUUCCUUAGUGCUUUACAACAUGGACCUUUCAGAGGAGCACAUCCAAGUGAUUGCACAGCUCCGUAAGCUCAGGCACUUGGAUAUCUCCCGAGACCAUCUGUCCAGUUACUACAAAUUCAAGCUGACCCGGCGGGUUCUAAACCUGUUUGUGGAAAACUUGGUAAACCUCACUUCGCUCGAUAUCUCAGGGCACACCAUGCUGGAGAACUGCACUAUCCCAAGCAUGGAGGAGAAGAUGGGCCAGACAAGCAUUGAACCAGCAAAGAGCAGCAUUGCUCCCUUCCGGGGUCUGAAACGACCACUCCAGUUCUUGGGCCUCUUUGAAACAUCUCUCUGCCGCCUGACACAUAUUCCAGCGUACAAGGUAAGCGGGGACAAGAAUGAAGAGCAGGUUCUGAAUGCUAUUGAGGCUUACACUGAACAUCGACCAGAAAUCACUUCCAGGGCCAUCAACCUCCUUUUUGACAUUGCCCGUAUUGAGCGCUGCAGCCAGCUGCUGCGAGCCCUCCAGCUGGUGAUCACAGCCCUCAAGUGCCACAAGGACGACAAAAACAUCCAGGUGACAGGCAGCGCGGCACUGUUUUACCUGACCAACUCUGAGUACCGCAUGGAGCAGAGCGUGAAGCUGCGGCACCAGGUCAUCCAGGUGGUACUGAAUGGCAUGGAGUCCUACCAGGAAGUCACAGUACAGCGGAACUGCUGCCUGACGCUGUGCAAUUUCAGCAUCCCCGAGGAGCUGGAGUUCCAGUACCGCCGAGUCAAUGAGCUGCUGCUGAACAUCCUCAACCAAAGCCGGCAGGACGAGUCUAUCCAGCGCAUCGCCGUACACCUUUGUAAUGCUCUGGUCUGCCAGGUGGACAACGAUCAUAAAGAAGCUGUGGGCAAGAUGGGUUUUGUCAUGACAAUGCUAAAGCUGAUUCAGAAGAAGCUGGCUGAUAAAACGUGUGAUCAGGUGAUGGAGUUCUCCUGGAGUGCUCUCUGGAACAUCACUGAUGAGACCCCUGAUAACUGCGAGAUGUUCCUCAACUACAGUGGCAUGAAACUCUUCUUGGAGUGCUUGAAAGAAUUCCCAGAAAAGCAGGAGCUGCACCGCAACAUGCUGGGACUCCUGGGCAAUGUAGCAGAGGUGAAGGAGCUCCGCCCACAGCUCAUGACCUCCCAGUUCAUCAGUGUGUUCAGCAACCUUUUGGAGAGCAAAGCAGAUGGGAUUGAGGUAUCCUAUAACGCCUGUGGUGUGCUCUCCCAUAUCAUGUUUGAUGGUCCAGAGGCUUGGGGCAUAUGUGAGCCGCACCGAGAAGAAGUAGUAAAGAGGAUGUGGGCAGCCAUCCAGAGCUGGGACAUCAACUCCAGAAGAAAUAUCAAUUACAGGUCAUUUGAACCAAUUCUUCGACUCCUUCCACAAGGGAUCUCUCCAGUCAGCCAGCACUGGGCAACCUGGGCACUGUAUAACCUGGUCUCUGUCUACCCUGACAAGUAUUGCCCACUGCUGAUCAAAGAAGGUGGGAUUCCCCUUCUGAAGGACAUGAUUAAAAUGGCUUCAGCACGGCAAGAGACCAAGGAAAUGGCCCGGAAAGUUAUAGAGCACUGCAGUAACUUUAAGGAGGAGAACAUGGACACUUCCAGAUAGAGGCAAUCAUCUAGUGCCUCUUGCCAGCACUGUAUCCAGCUUCUCUCUAAUUCACUGUAUAUAGGGAGGACUCUUUCUUACCAACUUGGCUGUUGGGAGGAAACUUUAUGUGUGUGUGUGAGACCCUCAGUAGAUGAAGGUGAACAGGGGAGGGGGGAGGGACUUUUUGCACAACAAAAUGCUUUCAUUAAAUUAGUGGACUUUUUCGUUAUGAAGUUUCAGAUUGAAGUUUUGUGUGUAUGAUUUCUGUAUAAAAAGAAAACAAAAAACAAAAAGACAACUACAUUAUGUAUCUUUUAACCAUUUUUUUUAGACAACACAGAAAGCCUCAAAUGACCGUGAGCUUGAAGACCUAGUUGCGUGAUCGCUAGUAUAACAUUUUAAAUUUCCCACUUUUUAGAAAAUUCCCUUUCACUGUAUUGCAUGAGGUCCUGUAAUGUCCACAAGAACACCAGUCCUGAAUUGGCAUUGGCCACCGAAUAGGGUUACAGGCAGUGAUGAGUUAUUUAUUUGCUUAGAGAAGUUGGGGGAACAUGAUACCAGAGAGUUAGACCAAAUGAACUAACCUUCUUAGUAAUAUUUGUAAAUAGAGCAAACAGGGAAGAAAGCUUUUUCAAGUCUAUUCAUUCCCAUAAUGGGUUUUUAUAGAAGACUCAUAUUAGUGGAAGCACUGCUAACUGUAUGUGGGUCUAUCGGAAGAGAAACAUUCCUGUUAAAGUCAAGAGCUCUGUUUUGUCCCCUUUGGUGGUACAGUAGGAUUUGUCAGCCCACCCAGCCUCACAAGGUCAGGGAUGUCCAGCAAAGCCAGUUGCACAUCCUUGGCAACACAGAGUUCUCUCUAAGGGAGCCUGUGCAACAAGGAACAAGGUUUGUUCACAAAGGGCUACGCAUCUUAAUUCCAGUCCUUCACCACCUUUUUAGUUGUGUUCUAUGGGGAAGGGCUACAACUAAGCUCUGCUAGGCCCUAGGCAAGAGCAGCAUGUAUCAUUUGUACAAGUCCCAGUAAUGGACUGGAGGGGUUUUACUCUUCUUUGGUCUGCAUUAGGGCUAGCCAUGUUCAAUGGCAAAUUGGUCUCCCCUUGUAGAAAGUUCACUGCAGCACAAACGCUGUAGCUGGAAGUGCUGACAUAUUCUUCUGAGACCGGGGAGUCUCCAGGCACCCUUUGGCGGGUGAUCCCAUGAGACAGCACCUCUUGUUCCACCCCAAACAUCUUCCCCCUCUUCUGAGGAACAAAAGGCCCUGUAUUCUUAUCUGACUCUCACCAGCACUAACCAGUGCAGUCCCACUCUCAUCAGCGGCAUUCCUCCAAUUUAUCCUGACGCAGAUGAGAGGAGAGUCCCACUAAAGUGUUCUCCACCUGUAAGACACUCCAGACUAUAGUGGCUCAAGAAGCCAAAGGCCAAGGUUUAUCUCACAGCCAGGCUCUCAACACCACAUUGUGCAGUCCAUGCUUAGAGCCCUCUGCUUGUCUUAGCUCUUUCAUGAUUCACAAACCUUCUUCCCUUGGAAAGGAUUUUAUGUCUGGUAGCAAUGAGAGAAGACCAUGGCCAUGCGAAUUAGGACAUUUAAGGCCUCUGAGAUAGCACAGUAAGCCUCACUGCUCUCUUCCCUCAUAUACAUUGCCCUCAGAUUUGAUUCGCUGCUAUGACAGGUUCUUCUAAUGCUCAGUUAAUGCUGUCAUUGCUGAGCACAUUAUAGGCAGAUCCUAGAGACACAAACUGACACUUUAAAUGACAGAACACAGCUGCCCUGCAGAGGUUUACUUUUUCUGCCAACAUGGUGUUACUCAAUGUCUUUUUUUUUUCCUUUUUAACCAUAUGUCAUUUGUUUUGAUAUUGUGAGAUCUGUACUUUUUUCUUUAAGUAUUUUUCAAACAUAUAUAUUUUUGUGUCACUUUUGAAUUGUUUUCAUAUGGUUUGCAAAACUUGACAAAUUAUACUUUUUUGCAAUCGUUUGAUUCAAACGUAUUUUUCUCUCUUAUUACUGUUCCCCAAGAAUUUGUGUCUGUACAAGCUUUGAGUCAGGGAAGCUGAUUUCAAGAUCUGUUUUCCAUGUAACACUUGUUAAUCUUUCUCCUAGAUGCAAAACUAAUAGAGGCUGCAAAUACUGCUGACCAGCCUCCCUGCAUCAGGGGAGUCAGUCUUUGCUCAUUUAAUUCUCCACUUAAUGCAGUCGUUUUAAGGUGCCUCAUGUGACAGUGCCCACCAGGCUUUCUUUCUCUUUAAUGCCCAUAUAGUGAAAGCUGCUACCACUGAAAUCUUAAAUCAAGUGACAAAAGCACUCAGGAUUCUGACUAUGUUGGGAAGGUGGGAGUGGAGCAGAAGGGACACAAUCACAGAUGUGACAGGUAUCAGAAACCCGUGUCCCCAGCACGCAGCUGCCGUGAUGGGGAGCCAGCUGGAGCUCAGGAGUUCUCAGCUAGAGCAGAAUUCAGCCUUGCACUGUAACCAGAGCCAAACAGUUAGGUUUCACCCUGAGAUUUUGGCACAACUGCACCAAGGUUAAUGAACAAAAGAUGGCUUGGAUCCAUCCAGAUCAGGACUUAAGGACAUAAGGUGUUUGAGUUUCUUCAAACUCACACCCCUGUAAGUUCAGUCAUUACUGAAGUCCCACCUGCUGCAGCUGGACAGUGGUAUCCCAAACUAACCGGUUCCAAGCUGCAUAAAACAUUUGUUUCACAAUUUAUAGAUAACCUCGAUCCUCACUGCUCACAUAUCAUCAGGCAAGUCCUGCAGAGCCUUCUAGGCAUGCUGUACCUUAAUGAGAAUAAAAAGCAACGCGGAGAUUAAUGGAGUCAGAUAGACCAGCCUGCCAGAAGAGCUUAGCUUUAUGAAGUCUGUCACUGCUCCCAGGGGGAAGGGGGACUUUCCAUAAACUGAUCUGUGACAGCUAACUACACAUGAGCUUUUGAGUCAGGCCACCAGCAAGAUUUAUUACAGAGACAGCAUUCCAAAAAAAAAAAAAAAAAAAAAAAUAGCAUCCCUGUUGGAGCAAUAAGAGCUUUGGCUACAAGCUUCUAUUUCUUCAAGCCAAUAAGUUUUGCGAGCUGGAAAAUAGCACUUCCCUUUCAGUAAGGAGCAAAAGAGAGAAAGGUGUCCUCAAACAUCUGGACAUAAGCCAGGAAUGCCUGUGAUUUGGAGUUUGAAACUAGGUUGUACCUCAGUUUCCCUAAUUGUGAAACAAAAGUUGUUAAACCCUAGGCUUAAGGCUUGUGCCAUGACCUGAAGCACUUUUUGGAAGCAAAGAGGAGCUAACGAAUUGCUGCUGUAGAUACAAUGCUCAGGACAGAACAGGACAGUUGUCUCCAGCCAUCACAUCAAUAUUCUGCAAAGGAGAGGAGAGCAAAGUGGCUGAUUUUUAUGAAGGUCUUACAUGAGAAGGGAAAGCUGGAUAUCCUGAAAUGCUCACCAGUUACACAGGAGCUUCUCAGACCUUCCAGCUUUGCUGGAGCAAAGGAAUGAACCAGGAAACUUAACUGCACAGAGAGAAUUUAAGAGCUAAGGACCAAUCCUUCCCAGAAAACUAGAAGGGGGUUAUAUCUGCCAAAUGAAAAUCAGGCUGAAAAGCAGUUCAUAGCAUGUCAAGAUAUGGCAGAGGGACACCUUGUGUUCUGUAGUUGUUCCCUUCACACUCUUAUGCUUUCAUGUUUGCACUCCUACAUUUCAUUUAAUAUUCAAUAGCUUGGCAAGUAGAGCACAACUCAGUAGUUCUCUGCAGAGACUGUGCCAACAAAGCAAACCUCUACCUUGACUGUAAGCAGUUUCCUUCCUGGCUGGAGGAUGUCUCCCAGUCUCAGUGGCCCAGGUCAAUGACACUGCAGUCCUCAGCAUGUCAGGUGUUUGCCAUUUUCUCUGGAAUAGACAAGAGAACAAGCUGGUGCUUCCAUUUUACAAAAUUUGUGGGAGGAACUGCUUAUACAAAUUAGCAUCUACUUGUGUGAUGCUUAACACCAAGCAGUACCAGACUUGCUCAUCUGGACCAAGCCAAGAAGGUUUAGGACUAAAGACCAUGGCUAUUAGUAACACUACAAAUCUGUCCCAUCUGCAUCAUGGUUGUUAUCAUCCUGCACCUAGCUGCUGGCUCAAAUGCUAUCUGUUCAGCACCGAAUCCUACCCAGCUUGUCACCUUCACUGAGCUCCUGUUGGAGUCGCUUUGGUCUCUGCAAAAGAUGAAGGGGAGGAGGAGUUUUCGAGCUGUGAACCUAUUCCCCUCCGACUGGCCUUCAGAUUACUGAGGGAGAAGCCUGACACAGCUCAGGUGUUAAAGGAUGGCUUGUGCUGAAAAAAGGGAAUUAAAAGUAAGAAAAUAGCUGGUCUCCACAACAACCAGAGGGUAUGAAGCACCAAGGUUAACAGUUGUCAGUGGUGGAUGAAAAGCAACAUGGGGGCUGGCUGAGAAGGCAGCACUUUGAGAAAGGAAUGAGGGAGAUUUCCUGCUGAACUGAAAUACUUUGCUUUAACCAACUAUACUUUGAUUUCAGAUAAUGGUCACUGAAUCUCUCUGUAAUUCCUUUCUUGUUAAAAAAAAGUUUUUAAGCUAACCAAAUAUAUAUUUCCUUGUUUUGCUUCAAGAAGAUAAUCUCAGUUAUAAUGAGCAAGCUUCUGCUUUUACUCUGUCCAUUGAUUUGCCUACUGUUGAGAAGCCUGGUUCAAAUGCUUGUACAUGGUGAAACCAAGCAAAAAAAUAAUAAUGCACAACUGUUGCUUCCUUACAAUUCUGAAUGAAUUAUUUUUUCUGUUGUAUCCAUUGGGAUACCUGUUGUGUAUUAAAGCUAGUGCUUAACAAUGUCUUA